AUGUCACCACAACUCACAAGGUCUCUGCACUCCAUAAACCUGGAACUGGCUCUAGGACAGGAAGAUACCCACUCGUCAUCUUCUUCCUUCUCCUCGUCUACGUCAAAGUCCUCCUCAGCAGACUCCUCCGAAACUCUGGGGGUUCUGGGAUCUCAGGGUUCGAUUUCACCCCUGAGUCGCUGGGUGAUGCACAGCCGCGGCCGUGCCACCAACACUUCCACAAUGGAGCUGCCCUAUCGUUCGCCGGUGCCCUUUUCCAAACAGGAAUUUUGGGAAAUGCUGGGCAGUGAUCUCCUCAAAUCAGACACGGAUGCAUUGGGGAACUCACGUGUCAAGCGCCGCCCACCAAUCGUCAAAACUGGCAAAUUUAAGAAGAUGUUCGGCUGGGGCGACUUCUACUCCAACAUCAAGACGGUGCGCCUCAACCUGCUUAUCACGGGUAAGAUAGUGGAUCACGGGAAUGGCACCUUCAGUGUCUACUUCCGUCACAAUUCCACCGGUCAGGGGAACAUCUCAGUGAGCCUGGUACCGCCAGUGAAGGCAGUGGAGUUUGACUUGGAGCGCCAGAGCGUGGUCUACCCUAAAGACUCAAAGAUCUUCAACUGCCGCGUAGACUAUGAGAAGGUGGACCGCAGCAAACGCACCUCGCUCUGCAACUAUGACCCCUCCAAGACCUGCUUCCAGGAGCAGACACAAAGCCACGUGUCCUGGAUCUGCUCCAAAAAAAACCUUGAAAAAAACCUGAAGUUAAAUUCAGUACGGUGA